AUGUGUAAAGUCACCAGAACCAAAUACUCUUGCCGACAUACCGCCACCGAGUAUCAGUUCCAAUGCUCUGACACGAGCGGAAGAUGCGAAAAGGAAAUCACAAACAGAAACUCCAAAGACCAGUGCCAAAAGUGCAACCCAGAUAAUCGCCAAAAGAAAAUCGUGGACAUCUACGCCAAAUACACCGAGGAACUGAAGAAGUUGGCGGAGCUGGCAAAGGCUGAGGACUGUAAGACGAUGACGACGCAACUGGAGGACAUCAUCAAAAGUCUUCCAGAGCAGAGGAUCAAGGCUCUGGUAGAGAUGCAGGAGAAGACUGAGAUUGAAAUGGCCGCGAAGAAGCGAAUCGAGGCAGAGUUGGCUCAAGAGUCGAGGGGGAGAUGGCAGUCUUGA